GCUCCCUCUCGUGACCGCUUUUGCCGCUCACCCGGUCGUACUACUGCAACCCUAUAUGUAAGCUCUUCCCUCUCUCUCUCUCUCUUCUUUCCUUCUCGCUCGACCUGUCCCUCGGUUUAACACCUUUGAUUUGCUCCUUCGGGAUGGGAAGGGUUAAGCUAAAGAUAAAGAGAUUGGAGAAUACAAAUGGCCGUCAAGCCACCUAUGCAAAAAGGAAGCACGGCAUCAUGAAGAAAGCUAAUGAGCUGUCUAUACUUUGUGACAUAGACAUUAUCCUUCUUAUGUUCUCACCAACUGGGAAGCCUUCUUUAUGCAGGGGAAAGCGCAGCAUCGAGGAGGUUAUUGCGAAGUUUGCUCAACUAACUCCUCAGGAAAGGGCCAAAAGGAAGCUGGAAAGCCUUGAAGCACUGAAAAAAACUUUUAAGAAGUUGGACCAUGAUGUAAAUAUACCAGAAUUCCUGGGUACAAGCACUCAAACAAUUGAGGAUUUAACUAACCAGGCAAGGUUAUUACAGACUCAACUCUCUGAAAUACACAAGCGUUUGAGCUAUUGGAAUAACCCAGAGAAGAUUAACAAUGUAGAAGAUUUGGGGCAAAUGGAAAAUUCACUCAGGGAAUCACUUAACCAAAUUCGUACACAUAAGGAAAAUAUUGAAAAGCAACAACUCAUGUCAUUAGAGUGCACUAAUCAGUUCCAAAGUUGGAUGCAUGCACCUUUCAGAAUGGGUGCUGAGCAGCAGCUUCAAACUUUGCCUUGGAUUCAUAGUAAUGACAGUCAACAUGUGGUUCUUCCAGAGGACCCAAAUUUGCUACCACAGAGGGACGUGGAAUGUUCUGCAAGUUCCUCUUUUGGGAGUUAUUCUGGCUACUUUGGUCCGGGUAGGAAUUCUGAGAUGUCUAACUCUGGACAAGAAAGCGGAAUCCUCAAUGAAAUGGGUGGAACAACUGCAUCUCUAAGGGCGCAGUUGGGAUUUCCAUGUCUGCCAUACAAUCUUAAUAUGCUGAGUGAUAUGAAAUUUCAAUCUGCAGCAGAAAUGAAGCUCCAGCAAAGUGCUGUGGAUUAUCAUGUUAAUGGAAGCUUUGAGGCUCCCAGACCUGCCGAUGAUACUACACACAGUAGUUGGGCUUCCACAUCUGGGCCUUGUGCUGUCACAUUGUUUGAUGAGCCCUUAUAUUCUCAGGCCUCCAAGCAGGUGCAGUAUUAGUUUUCUGGGAUAUUUGUGUAAGUAAAUUAAACCUUAAAAUUUAAAUGCUUGUGUAAGUUCCCGAAAGUUCAUAAUUUGCUAGUUCAGCUUGUUUUCACAUGGUGGUUUAGGUAAACUUACUUGGAAACUAAAUCUUUAGGAACUGGAAAUUCAGAUAAGAUGUAGCAUCUUUAAACUUGCUGAUGUUAGGAAUUUAGGAGCAAAGGUUUCAAUGACCAUGUUGUAGUAGAUUUGGUAUUCACCAAAUCUAUUUACGAUUUCUUAUUCUGAAAGCCUCUUUUUGUCUAUUAAUCCUAAAACACUUGAUACUCUUAUUAUAGAGAAAUUCUGCUUUUUAAGCUAGCUUCCUGGCAUCUUUUUUUCGAUGCAUCUGUACUUUUCUUCUAUUGCCGGUUACCCGAAAGUAUAGUUGUUGUUCUCUUUUUGAGGCUGGUUCUUCUUCUUCUCUCCUUUUGAGGUUGGUUCUU